AUGCCUCCCCCGGUCCCUGACAUGUCCGACGAUGAGUCGACUGGCGAGUCGAUCCCGUACGACGAUGCCGCCGAAGUGAAGCGGAAUUCUGCUACAAAGAAUGAUGAGGACGAGGAAGAGGAGACCGAGGAAGACGUAUACACUGUUGAAAAGAUUGUGAGCCACGAAUGGGCGAAGAAUGGCGAUCUACUUCUACAGGUCAAGUGGCAUGGUUACGACGACCCCGCUGAUAUGACCCUGGAGCCAGAAGAGAACCUAGAAGGCGCGAAGGAAGUACUUGACGAGUACUUCCGUAAGCUGGGAGGUCGCCCCGAGAAGCCGCAAGCACAACCAAAGAAGCGCAAGUCAAUGGGAAGGCCCCCCAAGUCAACGCCUGAGAAGAUGCCUGAACCGAAGAAACGUCGCAAGUCACGAGCCGAAACAGCCACGGAGACUCCAGAUGAAGAGCAAGCUGAUGACAAUGAGGGCAAUGAAAGUGACGGGACAAGCACAUGGAUGCCUAAAUCUCGGAACUGGGAGGGCGAAGUCGACAGCGUCGAGACAAUUAUACGCGAGCCUGGGACAUCGAAUCUGCUCGCGUUUCUCAAUUGGAAGAACGGCAAAAAGUCAAAGGUUUCCAUAGAGCUGUGCUACGACAAAUGCCCGAAGAAGAUGCUUGCAUUCUACGAAUCGCACCUGUGA